AUGAAUGGGAGCCUUAGCGGUAAUAAUAAUGACUACCUCUCUUAAAGAUUUCAGAGACAUAAGUCGCAUGAAUGCAAGCAUCACUAAUUUUGUGAAAACACUGUUCCUUCGACACCACGAGAUUCAGAGACAGAUAAUCCACUCCCUAAACGUAAAAUUAAAGAUAGCAAAGGGAACUCAAUUAACAUGAAAAAUUUAAAUGUAAAUCCUCUGCAUAGUGACUAAAGACUUGUUGUUACAAACAGAGGCCUCGACGAUUGGUUGGCUAAGAAUUUUGGACUCUCUCUUGAUAACAUUCCUUAAAUAAAACCUUAUCAUGUCCCUAUAACAGGUGCCACAACCACUAAAUCUACUGCAAGUCGUAGUAAAAGAGCAAACAAUUAUAAUAACAAUAAACCUGUAAAUCCUUUGGAUAGUCUUGAAAAUUCUCCAACUAAUAAAGGCAAAAAGAUUAAAAACAUGCUUUCUUAGAGAAAAAAUUAGCCAUCUAUUAAUGAGAGUUUCACCUAAAUUCAGCCAAUCGUUUAUAAUAUAAAUGAGAAAGUUAAAUCAGAGUUUAUUGAAUAGGAAUUCAAGCAAAUUUCAAAAGACUUUAAAAGUUAAAUUAAUGAUUCAUUCAACUAUUAUCAAAAUCAAACUAAAGAUAGUAGUAAUUUCAACAUAAAAUCUGGGUAGAGUACUCUUCAUGAUCGUGCUAAAAGCCCUAUCGUUUUUUCAUCAUAGCUUACUCUAUAAAAGAGAGCUUUGAUUCAAAGACUGGUAGGUAAAUUAGACGGGGUUGUUAGUAGAGAUGAACUUGAAGAGUCUAUAGUUAUUCACCAAUCUUUUGAAAAGUCCUUCAAAGAUAAAAGUUAGUUAAAUAUAAAAAACCAAAAUGAUGCAUCUAGACUAUCUAUUAAUGAUUAUCCAACUUUAAUGAAUAAUCGAACUUUAUCGUUUGGAGGAACUGUUACAAAUUAAAAGAGGCUUUUCACCUCUUAGAACUAAAGACUUGGAAAUAUGAAAAUCAAUCUUAAUAAUUCAAGUGGCAGUGUAUUUGUCAAGGAUGAUUAAUAAUAGAAAAAAGAAGAAAUAAAAAUUGAAAAUCCCUAUCAAAGUAAUUUACUCUACAGAGACUCGCAGCUAUUAACUAAAAUCAAGAAUAAGUUUAACUUAAGUGGUGAUGUUAUUGUUGAUUAAAAUGGAAGUAGCAGAGAUAUAUCAAGAAUAAGCUCACAGAGAGCUUCAAGAACUAAUAUUAGGAGUUUAGGAGGUCUUCGAGGAUCUAAUCAUAUCAAUAGAAUCAAGGAAAUGAGAGAGAAGGCUUUUUCAGAUUUUUAAGAGACAAUACGCUAAAGUUCAGCCUUUAAUCAUUAUAUUAAGGAUAAAAUUAUGAGCAAAGACUAGCAAGUUGAAUCACAGAGUAUGUAUGGAGGUAGUGACCUAAGAUCUGGAGCAUUAGACGAUAUUCCUGUUGAUAAUUCUUCACAAGAAGAUGAUGAGGUAGAUUAUGAUAUAUAGAGGGAAUUGGCUCCCCUUGAUUACAAGCAAACUUCUGAAUAGUCAAAUAGAAUGCAAACAGACUUUAAUAAAACUAAUUAAAUUUCUUCUGCAUCCCAAGAUAGAGCUAAAGUUUUCAGGGGUAAAUUUUCUAUCUUAAUCCAACUAUUAGACUCUGACUUUUGGUAUCACAAAGGGAUAACAACUGGCUAAAAGAAUUAAAUGCAAACAGCUGUUGAAUGCUACAAAUAAGCACUUAAACUUAUCAAACCUGACUGGUCAGAUGCCUAUUAUGGUGCUUGUUUAAGUUCAUUUAAGCUCACUCAAUACGAUAAAGCUUUAGGCUUCAUCGAUUAAGCCAUUGAUAAGCUAUCAGACAUGAAACAGCAAUAGAAAAAUGCUUAUGUUUACAUGAAGGCGGUCUGCUUAAAGAAAUUAAGAAGAUACUAAGAUUGCUUGGAUACAUAUAAGGAGUUGCAUGAUAUUAUAAUGAGAACUGAGAAUCAAGAAAUUGUUAAAUAUGUAUUUGGAAUAAUUCUCCUGCCAUUUUAAAAUGAUAGAAGGCUUACUACAGAUUAUGUUGAGAACUUUGAAAAUUUGAUGGAUUUCUAUUAGCCAAGAAAUACAAUUACUGAUCCGAUCUGUCUAUAUUUUGUUGACGGUGAUGGAUGGAAGACAGAUAAAGUAGACUUAGUUGUGACUAAGAUCAAGGACAGAUCUUUUUUCAAAAGAUUUAAUCGACUUUAGAUAAAAUCCUUUUUGAAACAUAUGAGUGUUAAAAAGUAUAAAACUGAUGAAAUCAUCUUUAUUGAAGAUGCUGUAGCUGUAAUUCUUGAGGGAGUAGUUCAUUUAAAAUCUCACAGUGAAAAUAUAUUACCUCCAAAACUACUUGCCAAAUUUGAGUAGGGGGAUAUAUUAGGCUAUGAGAAGUCAGAUAAUGGCCUAUCCAGAAAAGUUGAAACUUGGGGGAUAGUUAAACAUCCCACAGAGGUUGCAUUUUUUCACCCUCAAUAAUUCGAUGUAAAAUUCUAUUUUUUUGGACUACUAUCAGAUUAAACUAUUUACAUGCUAGCUUAUGAAUUUGUAAAAGUGAAAAAGUUUUAGCCAGGUGAAAUGAUAAUGAAGCAGUCAAAAAGAUCAAUUCUUAACUUUUUCUAUAAGGAGUUCUUUGAAAACAAGAUGACUUCGUUACAGAUAGCUAUGAAUGAAUAAAAAGAUAGGAUUAUGAGCUAGGAUGAUGAUUAAAAAGUCUCUGGAUUUUAAAUAAUGAUGCAAUAAUUAAAUGUCAAAAUAAAUUAAGCCUAAAACGAUAGAGAUAAGUACAGAGAUCCUAAAGGAUACUAGCAGAAGAUGAAUGAAUUAGCUUAGGAAAAAGAGCGUAAAAAGCUAUAAGAUGAAGAGGAAGAUAUAAUAUCGCAGGAAGAGCCGAGGCAUAAUAACGAAGAGGUAGCUGAAUUUAAAACUCCUGAACAUGUCAAAAACGAACGAAAAGAGCUGAAUCUAUUAAAGACAACAGUAGAUAAUGUGGGAGAAUACAGUCACUUGAUCAAUGAUAUAAAGGAACUUGAAACAGAUGGUGUUUAUGUAAUUGAUACUGGGAAAUGCUUGAUAGUUAACCCUUAUGAUAACUACUAAAUAAGCACAAUUUAAAGAGGAGAUUUCUUUGGGGAAUCACAUGAACUAAAAGUCCCAGUAAAAAUAAGAAUUUUUUAUUAAACUUUUAUUUAGAGCAUAAAUUACUUUGGGGAUAUCAUAGCUGAUAAAAAGGAAGUCACUUGUCUCUUCAUUUCAACUAAAAAUUUCUUAAGAAUCCCGAUUUACGAAUUAGAGAAAAUCAGAGAGAUGUGCUCUAAGAAGCUACAAUCUUUGUAGUACACUGCCAGCAAAAAAUAUGGAAUCUCUAUGGAAGAAUUAUCCAAAUAUUGA